GUCGCUCUCUGCAGCGAUGGCAGCGCGGGAGGCCGCCGAUAUGUCUUUCUUCAGUCUGAACGACGUGAGGGAGCGGAUGCGGGAGAAGAAAAAGGGUCCCUUGAGGACUGCGAAGUUGAAUGCCUCGCUUGCAUCGAAAAUCAAAACGAAGAUCAUCAACAACUCCUCCACUAUGAAAGUCUCCCUAAAGCAGAACAAUAAAGCACUGGCUCUGGCCCUCAAUGCAGAGAAAGCCAACGCACAGCGGCUCACCCAGGAGAAGACCACCCUACAGAAGGAGGUGAAGCAGUGCCACUUCCAGAACGCUGUGCUGCGGCACAGGCUCUCCUUCCUGAAUAGUAUGUUGAAAAAAAUGGACAAUCUUAUGGCUGCAGUUAAGAUGGCCGAGCUCUCUGAGUUCCAUAUAAAGUCUUCAUCCUUGUCCAGUGACCAGAAGAGCAUCAUGACUGAAGAUAGCUGGGCUGAUGAUAUUGUAGAUGGUCAGCUUCUGAGAGUUACACAGAUACCGAUGAGAGUGCCCAUUUCCAAGCUGCAUGAUGCAAAGCAGCAAGCUGGCAGCUCCACAGCGCUACAAAUAUCCUCAGGACAACUUCAGAGACCUGCUUCUAAUGAGGCCCUGAAAAUUGUGCCUGUUGCCUCCAAAGAUACUUUGCCACCACAGCAUGGAGAUACCUCAGUUCCACCAGGAAGAGAAUGGCAAGAAGGUGAUUGAAGCAAUGGCAACAGAGGGGACUUUUCAUGACUCUCACAUAUUUGGAGAGGUCUUGUGCAGCACUGAACAAAAUCCCAACAAUUUGCCAACUCUUGCCUUGGAAAGUCAUACUCU